AUGUCUCACGUCAUGCCUAUUUUCCAUCCCAUGUACGGAUACGAUUUAACAGAAUGUUCUGGACCAAAUGAUUUUUCCUGUGUCAACAAAAGUGAGCCACUUGUGUCUUGUGACGAGUUCUAUUAUAAUGAUAGUCUUUUUGAGGAAACUACAGUAACAGAGUUUGAUCUUGUCUGCGAUAGAAGAUUUUUACAUUCACUGUCAAGUUCGGCAUACAUGAUUGGAAUAAUUGCUGGAUCACUAAUCUUUGGAAAUAUUUCCGACAGAUUCGGCAGAAAAUUCACUAUGAUUCUCUCGUGUUAUGGCAUGCUCUUCUCGAUGCUUGGUGUUGCCUUUUGUAAUACGGUCGAACUCUUCUCAUUUACCCGAUUUCUCGUGGCAACAUUUGUAGUGGGAUGCAACGUUUCAAUAUUCUGCUAUAUUAUGGAAAUGGUCGGAAUCAAGUGGCGAACACUCGUUGGAAUAUCCUAUCAAAUGGCAUUUGCAAUUGGCUACAUGUUAUGGUCUGGGAUUGCAUAUCUUUAUCGAGAUUGGAAACAAAUGGAGCUGGGAGCUUUAGUUAUGAGUGCCCCGUUUGCAAUCAUCGUUUUGAUUGUACCAGAGUCUGGUAGAUGGCUUUUUACAGCAGGAAAAGAGAAAAAGGGGGAAAAGGUUGUCACUAUUAUGGCAAGAUUGAACAAAGUUAAAUUGGACGAAAAUAUUUGGAGUGAAGCUGAAAAAUCCGCCCAACUGAGAGAGGUGUCAUAA